ACAGUUGACAACUGAGAGGACAGCAUAUCAUUCAGCUACAAAGAAGCCAAAAUGCUCCAUGACAAAGCAGUUGCAACAGUUACCCUCCUGUUCCUGGGCUCUUGCGGCAUAUUGCUGACAUGUGCUCUGGAAACUACAGCUCCAAUUGCAGAUGAAUGUCAGGUGACACCUGUCAUUCACGUCCUGCAAUAUCCUGGCUGUGUACCAAAACCUAUUCCAUCUUUUGCAUGCACAGGACGCUGCAGUAGCUACUUACAGGUUUCUGGAUCCAAGAUAUGGCAGAUGGAAAGAUCUUGCAUGUGCUGCCAAGAAAGUGGAGAACGUGAAGCUAGUGUGUCACUUUUCUGCCCCAAGGCAAAACCUGGAGAACGAAAAUUCAGAAAGGUGACAACAAAAGCUCCUCUGGAAUGUAUGUGUCGCCCUUGUACAGGAGUUGAAGAAAGUGCUGUUAUACCCCAAGAAAUUGCUGGUUACGCUGAUGAAAGUACUCUCACCAGUCACUUUAGAAAGUCACAAUAGAAAUAUGAUGUUCAAACACUUUUCUAUUUAAAUGAAUUAUUUGAUAUCAUACAACAUUUUAUUUGGAAUUGUUAAAAAAAUGUUAUUAUACUAUAAGUCUCACAAAAGCUUGUACAAAAACUUUUCAAAAAACUUUGUUUCAUCCAGUAUUAAGCUUUUUUACAACUGACCAAUUUAGAAAGAAUUCACACUGAAUUUUAAUUUAUUUCAGUCCAAGGUAAACUAAAUAUUACAUAUUGUACUCAACAAUUAUAUCUAUUAAAUAAAAUAAUCCACAACACUG